AUGGAGGACGUGAAAACAGAGCACCGGUCGUCCUCCUCCUUCAUCUCCACCACCUCCUGCUGCGGCUCGUCCUCCACCUCUUCCUUCAGCAUCAACAGCCUCCUGCAAAGACCGGACUCUGUUCCUGCAACGAGAUCCAGAAGCUCUUCAGCAGAGUCAGACCCGGACCCGAUUGUGAAUGGAGCAGAGAGGCAAGAAGACCCUGAGGCAGAGGGCGAGGAGGGAGGCGCAGGAGAGGAGCACAGGAGCCAGAGGAACAUCCUCGGUAAAAAGGAUGCAGAAAAUGAUGGAGAAGAGAAAAAGAGCAGCAAAGGGAAAUACGAGAAACCUCCUUUCAGCUACAACGCUCUGAUCAUGAUGGCCAUCAGACAGAGUCCGGAGAAGAGACUGACCCUGAACGGGAUCUAUGAGUUCAUCAUGAGGAACUUUCCCUUCUACCGGGACCAGAAGCAGGGCUGGCAGAACUCCAUCCGACACAACCUCAGCCUCAACAAGUGCUUCGUCAAAGUUCCGCGACACUAUGACGACCCGGGAAAGGGCAACUACUGGAUGCUAGACCCGAGCAGUGACGAUGUCUUCAUCGGCGGCACCACCGGGAAACUGCGGCGGCGGUCCGCCACCUCCCGGGGGAAACUGGCUCUCAAGCGCGGCCUCCGCUUCUCCCCGUUCACUGGGACCGGUAGCGGAACCAACCCGGUCUACUGGCAGUUGUCUCCCUUCCUUUCCCUGCACCACCAUCACCACCAUCACCACCACCCGAACUACAACCCCCCCACCUCCACCUCUUGUUCCCCCCUUCUGAACCAGGGCCCGGGCUACAGCUCUCUGCUGCCCGCCGUGGAGCCGCUGACUCCCGGGGAGCUGAGUCGCUCUUUGCCGCUGAACCUGAGCGGGACCUACGGACUCCUAUCCGGACAGUCCUCUGCAGGGUACUUUGUCUCAGGGUCACAGACGGUACCAGGAGGAGCAGGGCCAGGACCAGGGCCUCCUGUCCCUUCUGCUCCUGCGGUAGGGUUUAGCUGCACCUCCUCCCCUAGCUCCCUGAUACAGGACUCCAUACGGAGCGGCUCCUUCUCCUCCACCUUUCCCAGGCUGCUCGGGCCCCAGAGGAGGGUCCUGACUCCGAACACUUAUCUCAACUGAGCCCAGAAUCCGGCCCUCAGGUCUCAGACCUCAGAACACCUCAGACCUGGAGACCUGAGCUCACCUCUGACUCUGCAGGACCAGGACGCGCUUCAGACCGUGCACGUUAACAGGAAUAUAAUAUUAACUGUCAGUGGUAAAUAUCAAAAGUUCAAAAAAGAGAAAAAGGAAGCCUAAAAGACUUUUAAGGUUAAAUGCCAUUUAAUUCAAAAUAGGUUUAAAAGGGAGAACUAUUGGUUUUAGGUUGUAAACUGAAAAUAAAUUGUUGCCAAAGGUAACUUUUUUAAAAAACGCAGCAGAAGAAAUGCCGUUAAUUUAUGUCUGUGUAUAAAAACAUUUUCACUGUGAUUGGAAUUUUUGUUAUUUAUGCAUCAUAUUUAUUCUGUGUUUUUACAUUUUUUGGAAAAGGUGACCGUAUUAUUAUUAUUAUUAUUAUUAUUAUUAUUAUUAUAUCAGAUUCAAUGUAACCACGACAAUCGUAAAUGUUAAAAUAAAAACAUAAAUAAAUCAGGGGUCAUAUCUACAUUUUAAAAAUUACACAAAAAAAUAAAAUCAUAUUUUUUAAUAAAUCAAACAGAAGUUUUCAUUAUUAUUUACCUUGUAGUUCGUGUUAUUAAAAUGUCGGAUCAGAUUUUUCCGGUUAAGACAAAGGUAAUUUCAUUAAACGUUUAUUUUAAAAUCAUUUAAUUUUUAUUUUUUAUCUCGUUUCAAAAAAUUAAUAGACAACAGGUCUGACCUACUGCAAUGUGUGAGUUUAACAAAGGUUCAAAAAAUGAAAAAAAUAAAAAAAAACUGAUGCUAACAAACACAAACACACGGACGAAUUACCAAAUUUAGAAAAACAUGUGUCGGGCGAAUAGGCUAAUAAUAUAUAAAAAUAAAUAAAUACGGUGAUAUUUAAGGAAGCUCUAAAGAAAAUACACCUAUUUGUGGUACGUGAUUUCAGCCUAAUUUGAGUAAUUUUUUAGCAGAUUUAGAAACUUUUUUAUUUUAAACUCCAAACUCUGUGGCGCGUUUCCGUCUCUGGUCUUUCUGAAGGAUUUUAUAUAUAAACAUAUAUUGGAAUACGUUUUACAUUUUGCAUAAACUAUAUUUUAAUAAUGAUUAAAAUGAAUAUUUUAGCUUUUAAACGCACAAACUACUUUGUAUUAGUUAAAACGUUUUUAGGCAGUAAAUUGUGAAUUAAUCAAUUCCCACAGACGCUGGAUGAUUUAAAAACAAAUAAAUCAAUUAAAAAAAUAAAUGUAAUGACAUUUGAAUAUUAAUGCAAUUGAUCAGUUUAUGUUGGUUUUUUUAUUUCGAUAUACAUUUUUAAUUGCUCAAUUUUAGUCGGUAUUCAAAAAUUUACAAAGAAAAUUGUAAAGACUUGCUUAUCCAUUCCAUUCUUGUAUAAUAAUAAUAAUAAUAAUAAUAAUAAUAAUAAUACCGUUACAGUGAUGUUGUUUGAAACUGGUUUGUGUCUGUUUUUCGCUAAAAACACAUUUUAAUUAAAAAAUAAUUAAAUUUUUAAAGUUUCUGUCUGGUUCUUUUUAUUUAUGUUGUUAACACAUUUUAGAUCAAAAUGGAAAAUGUAUUCAAAGAAAAUAUUAAAAUAUUAAAUGUUGUGUUUCGCUUGUGUUUUAUUUAGGACGUGUGCGUAAAAACAGGUUACACAUUCAGACAACAAUUAACCCUCAAUUCAAUUGAAAUUAAUUUAAUUCAAUUUUUAUAUAUUCUUUGUGAACUUGCACAGAAUUUUGUUCUAGAAGAAAUUAUCAAAUUAUUAAAAAAACCAAAAAAGUGAUAAACUGCCCUUGUACUAUUUAUUUAUGGUCUGUAUUGUCAUUGUACCACGGGGACACAACGAAACGGAGCCUAAUAUGAUAAUUAAUGAAUGAAGGAGCCCAGAAUGGAGAAAAAUAACUCAAGUUGAAAAAUAAAAAAAAUAGCAACAAACUUUUACUGGGCUGCACCAUACAGCCUACACGGCCAGUGGGAUCUAGACGUGUAGACCAGUAAAAGUCUGACCUCUCCAAAUUGGAAGGUCUGUUUUACAACUCAUAGAAAAAUUGAGUAAAGUUUUGCUGAUGUAAAUGUACAGAUCAGCAGAUGUGGUUUGAUGGAUCCAUGUUAUGCUUCUGCUAUAGUUUUGAACGCUACAGAAAAUACAUUUUAAAAAAUAAAUAAAUAUAAAUAUAUUUGUGCGUGAUGAACUGAGUCAAAAAGCAGCAAGAAAAAAAAA